AAGAUAUUUUAAACAUUUUCCCCAAUUCUGUGUGUAUAUCCUCCACUUUUGGGAGGACAUGCAAGCAAAUACUUUAACCAGCCAGUCAUCUAAUGUUGGCAAUCAAUUCCUACCCACCCCCUGUAAUGAGCAAUAGAUAUACAGGCUGCACCCAGUAAGUAUCAAACCAUCUCCCUCUUGUCUUUUGGAACUGACUCUCUUCCUUUUCAUCCCCAGGAGGUUUCAGCUGGCAAAACAUCUCUCUGCAAAUGGCAAACAUCACUCUCUGACACAGAUAAUAUGAAGCCCACGAUGUAACAUUCCCCCUGAGCCCGGAAUAAGCAGGACCACUCCAACAGAGUCGCUUUUGCAGAAUGACGACGCCUCCAUUCUGGAUGGACGAUGCAGACGUCCAGAAGGCCAUCAGGAAUGCUUGGCCGCAGCUGGUGCACUUCCUCAGUCACCAUCCAGAGUGGGUCCUGAGAAAAGCCAAGCAGCUUCUCCCAGGGGUGGCCUUGAAUGAGAUUGAGGGGACAGCUAGUUCCCAUGAGAAGGUCUCACUGGUCCUGGACAUGUUUCUGAAGGCUGCAGAUGUUGAUGCUCCCAUCUUCAAAGCCUUCGUACAGAGUGUCUGCAUGGAAUGCAACCUCCCCAUGCAUCUGGAAAUAGUCUUCAUGAGUGUGUCAGGAGAAGGUCAAGGACGAGAGGAUUUGAAAGGAACUUCAGCUUGCUUCCCGUCGACAUCAACAAGACUUGAAAGACGCCGUCCAUGGAGCAGCCCUGCCAACAACAACAACAGCAAACAGUCCAAACAGCAGCGGCUAGAUUCUGCUGAAAGAUAUCGACAGCUCAUCACCACCUCGAUGCUUCAGAGAUACGGAAUGAGCAGAUCAGCAGAAGCAACUGAACCCAAAGCUCAGCUGUCGCCUUUCAGCCAAACCUUCGUCAACCUGGUGAUUCGUCAGAGCAAAGGUGGUCGGAUGAGGGAAAGGGGGGAGAUAGCUCUGCACGAUAGAGAGGAGCACAGGAACACCACCCUGAGACUGUCUGAGCUUUUUGAAAGUGUCCACAUGGGGACCACCAAGGUUGUCCUUCUCCUGGGAAAACCAGGGAUGGGGAAGACAAGGCUCAUGCACCAGAUCUGCCAGCAGUGGGCAGAGGGAGGCCUCCCACAAUUCCAACUGAUAUUCUUCUUUGAGUUCCGACAGCUGAACCUGAUCAGCAGAAAACUUUCUCUCCAAGAACUUCUCUUCGACUUCUUCCUCAGGCCAGAAGAUUGUCCUGAUGCUGUGUUUGAACACAUCCUAGAAGACGCCCAGCGCACGCUGGUUAUAUUUGAUGGGCUGGACGAGUUUGUGGAGAACGUCCAGCUCACAGGUCCUCCUCACACUAUCUUCCCAGAUCCUCUCAACCCUCUCUCCAUAUCAGACCUUUUUGCAAGUCUUUGCCUUGGGCAAUUCUUGCCAGGCUCGACCGUGCUGGUCACGACCCGUCCAAAGAUAGUCCCAGAUGCUUUAUUGAAAACGGACACCCUUCUGGCAGAAAUCUGGGGCUUUGACCGUGAAAAGGUGGAGGAAUACGUUGGCUAUUUUUUCCACCAGCAUUCCCUCAAGGAGAAAGCCAUCGCUCACCUGAAAAGCAAUUGCAAACUCCUGAGCAUGUGUUAUAUCCCCGCCUUGUGUAACAUUGUCUGCAUUUGCCUGGAGUAUCUGCUCCUCCACGAUGCAGGAAGAGUCCAGCUCCCUCAAACAAUGACCCAGUUCUACGUGAAGAUGCUCCUCACCUUCAUAGGAAAGGAUCAGAAGCUAAGGGCUUUGAGCGAAGAAGUUGACUUGAGUCAACACAAAGCGACUCUCGCAGGCCUCUCUGAGUUGGCCUUCAAGGGCCUGGAAGGAAAUAAGAUGUUGUUUUAUGCUGAUGAGGUCCCAGAAGACGUGAAGGAUUUUGCUUGCCUAUAUGGGCUCCUGGUGUCCUUUGAGGUAAAGACCAGCAAUGGACACACACAGGCUGGCUACACUUUUGUCCACUUCAGCCUGCAAGAGUUCUUUGCGGCCCUCUUCCUGCUGACAAGCAAAGCAGUUGAUGGCAACUUCCUGAAGCAGAACUUCUUCCUGAGGUCUAAGUGGAUGAUGAAGAGGGAAGCAAGGGUGCCCUUCACAGAGAACUGCCACGUCUUCCUGUCUGGCCUCUUGUCUCGCGGGUGCCAGAAGUUCCUCAGCUCUUUAGCCGGGCAGUGCGAUGCCCAGGUCCAGGAACGUCAAGCCAUCAUUGUGCAGAUGCUGAAGAAACUGGGGGAUGCUUCUCUCACAGGGCCUAGGAUAGCAGAGCUGUGCCACUGUGUGCACGAGACACAAGACCAGGAACUGGCCCGGCAUGUCGGGAAGCAGCUAAACUUCAGGUAUCAGUUCAGAAACUUCCGGCUGAUGCCGCUGGACAUGGCUGCCCUGGCUUUUGUCAUCAGCAGCAGCCACCCUCACUUGGUAUGCCUGGACUUUGUGGGAUGCCCCAUGGAAGUGGACUAUCUGGAUGUCUUUGGCAGCUGUGAAAAUAUAAAGAGCCUGAGCUUUAGGAGCAGGAGAUGUGGGAAUGAGUUUGCCGCUGUCCUGUCCAAGACCCUGCCGAAGAUCAAAUGCCUGACAACUUUCCAGUUAGCCGGUGGAAAUAUUUCAACCCCAGGACUUGAAGAUCUGAUGCGAGCUUUUCCAAACUGCCAUCAGCUGGAAGACAUAAACUUGCAGGACAACAGACUGAAGAGGCAGGAAAUGAUCAAAACUACAGAAAUUUUUUCCACUGUGGAUAAGCUCAAAAAGCUUGACUUAAGCUACAACGAGCUUUCGGUGAGCACCGUCCUCGCUUUUUCCAGAGCUGCUGCCAUUUGUCCAAAUGUGACAAAGCUCCAUAUCAGGAAGGAUGUUUUGAUAGUCUCCUUCACCGGCCAAUCCAGUAAAAGACAGAGGUUGAAAAAAGAGGGAAUAAAAGAAGAGGAAGAUGUGCCUAAGCCUAGUACUUUAAUAUUACGAUUGCAGGAUUGCCAGUUCGAUUCCCAGUGGGUAGAGGAGCUGGCUGAGGUUCUCCAGAGGUGUUCCCACCUUUCCGAAAUUGAUUUGUCAGGUAACCGACUUGGUGACGAAGGAUGCAGGAAGCUGAUGAAGAUGGUGCCCAGAAUGUGCAUUUCUGGCCCUCUGAAUUUAAACAACAACCAGCUGUCUCUGAACAGCAUCUUCUGUCUCCUGGAGUCAAUGAGUCUUUGUCCAAAUAUAGUGAAGCUUAACGCCAGUGUUCAUCACCAAGCUGCAAUCUUAACCCUCGUUGGCAAAGACAUUGCUGGCGGUGCUCAGCCCAGGAGUUCCUCAUUUAACACUGACCUAUCAAGCACAGGUGGACAUCUCUUGGCGGCAACAGCGAGGAAAAUAUGCUUGACGGACAAUAAUUUUCAGGAUGGAGAUCUGAAGAACUUGUGCUUGGCCUUGAGGAGAUGCACUGGUGUAACUGAGUUAGAUUUGUCCAGUAAUUCUCUGGGCGACGCAGGUGUCUUGAAGGUGGCUGAGCUCCUUCCUCAUCUGAACGCAUUACGUUCUUUAACGCUGGACCAUAACAACAUGUCUAUGGACGGGGCCUUUCACUUGGUGCAAUGCUUCGCUGACUUGGAACAUAUGACGUCCAUGGAGCUAUGUUUGGGAAGCACCCAGAAAGUUCACUUAACAUUUGGGGAAAGAAUAAGUCCCCAAAUGCUCCGUGUGACUGGUGAGCAUAGGAGGGAGCUGCUGGAUUCGGUACCUAACUCAAUCUAUGACCGUUGCUUUUGUCUCAAGGAAAGUAUGAUGGACCUAAAGGAUGUUGACCGAUUGUUUAAACGUCUAAGUACAUGUUCUGGACUGACCAAGAUCAACUUGUCUGGCAACUCGCUGAAUGAUCAAAGUGUUGAACGACUUCUGAAAUUCCUGCCCUACUUCAACAGUGUGGAGCUCUUAAGCAUCACAGAGAGCAAGUUUUCAUCACAUUGUGUUUGCUUGCUGGCCAACUCAGUUAACCAGUGUAAGAGAAUCUGCAGAGUGGAAGUCAGAUCAAGUGAAAAUGCUUUUCUGCAUUUUGUGAAAAGUAAAGAAAGCCAAGAAAUAUGCUGCAGACUAACUGAUUGUGACCUUGGCAAGUGCGAGAUCGUAGAGCUGUGCCCCAUCUUUGAGAAGUGUGACCGUCUUGCAGAACUGGAUCUUUCUGGAAACCAUCUUGGCAAUGAAGGACUAAGUUGCCUCUUAGAACAUUUGCCCAGGACCCACAUCCCCUGCCUGAUGAAAAUCAACCACAACGGGGUCUCACAAGAUGGCAUUCUCCAUCUCGCUCAUGUCUUUACCACGUGCCAAAAUGUGGCUGAAGUUCACGUGAGUUUGUUCUCUGAGGCAACACUGCUGAUCACCCUAGUGAGAGAAGAUAAACCUCAAAAGAUCCUGAGCAUGAAGCAGUGCUGUUUCCAAGCAAAACAUCUGGCGGUGCUGUCCUCUUCUCUGGGCAAGUGCCUUGCUCUGAGCGACUUCACGUCAGCUAAUAAUGGCAUGAUGCUCAGCAGUGCAGAAGAUCUACUCAGAGCCUUGAGGAAAUCGGAGGGGAUGCUAAGAAUAGGCAUCGAAGAGCCUUGGGUGAAAGAUGAAAGCAUCAUUAUCCUUCUGAAGUUGGCUGCCGAAGUCCAGGGAAACAUCACAGCCAUCACGCUAAGGAGAGACCAGGCCCUCUUCGUAGUGGAACAGGAAUUUCCUCGUCAGGAGGAGAAAGUGGAGUCCGUGGUCAGCCGGUUGCAUCAGUGUGAACUGGAAGCCAAAGGAGUCUGCUUUCUACCCAAGCUCAUUGAGAAAUGUAGACAACUCUGGGCGUUAAACUGGUCUCAGGUACAGUUCACUGAUGCCGAAGCAGAAACCAUCUCUGACACACUGCCACAUUUUCCAUCACUGAAGAAACUUGGGUUAACCUGUUGCAGUUUCCUUCCCCCCGGAAUGGAGCACCUGGCUGAAGCAUUGCAUCAGUGCCACACGAUUGAAGACAUUGACUUUUCCAAAAGUGAACUUGGCAUGGAUAUCAGUGCUCUGAUGAACGCUCUGGAGGGAAAACUUCACCUGAAGAGCAUAAACCUUGGCUCUCUGAAUCUCAGCGAUGCAGAUAUCCUCAAUCUGACCUCCAGACUCUCAGCAAUGCCUUUCCUGAAAAGACUCAUUUUGAAUAAAAACCGUCUUGGUGGUGAGUCCUGUUCACACCUUGCACAAGUUUUGAAGAAUGCCAUUCACAUGGAAAAAAUUGAUUUGAGCCACAACAAGAUUGAUGAUGCUGGCAUAAAAGAAAUCGCUAUGGCCAUUCCAGAAAUGCAGAGCGUGAAGCAAAUUGACCUGUCUAGCAACAGCAUUGGCUCUGCCGGUGGACAGUGUUUCGUGGAGGCUCUGAAGCACAGCGAGAACCUGGAGAUGCUCAAACUAUCUGGGAACAAUAUUGGAAACGAGACGCUGGAAAAACUGGCUCCGGUUCUGCCCAACUUGCAUUGCCUGAAGGUCCUUCACCUGGCAUCCUGUGGCUUUGACUCGGAGGGAGUGGUUUGUUUGGCCAGAGUCCUCUUCCAUUGUCCACAAAUAGAGGAGAUCAGUUUGUCCGAAAACAGCAUUGGGCACAAGGGUGCCAUGGCACUCGCAGAACACCUGCCACAGCCCUCCUCACAACUCAGGAAGAUUGAACUGAAGGUCUGCGGCCUCAUCGACUGCACUUCUAAGAGUCUCAUCCUUGGUGUCAGCCAGUGCCCCCUUCUGGAAGAGAUUAUCCUGUCCUGGAACAAACUUGGUGAUGAAAGUGCUUUGGAGCUGGCCAAGGUUCUCCCUCGGAUGGCAAAGUUGAAAGUACUGGAUCUGGACAACAACUACAUCACUGCUUGUGGUGCCAGAAGGCUCACAAAGGCACUUGCACAGUGUCGAGGAAUCCAGAUAAUACGUCUGUGGCACAAUCAGAUACCCAGCGAUGUUGAACAAAAGCUGAGGAAGGAAGAGCCACGGCUGCAUUUUGCCUUCUUUUGAUUAACCAGCAGGGAGGGAAUCUGACUCCUGCCAGGCAUGGUUUUGCUGCUGGCCAAGGAAAAGAAGGAAACUGAGCAGGAUUCUGGGCUAGCACAUAGGUACUGCAACUUCUGAAGAGAAACAGAAGCUGCAUGAUUAUACUUCAUCCUCGUGGCCAGAAAUGAGCAGCUUCUGCUUCCUCUGCUUCUUUGGCGACCACUCGUAGCCGAGUAAAAUUGUCUUCCAUGAGCACGGUAUUAACAGUGAGUCCGUAAGUGACUGUGGAGGCCAAGUCAGGAUCCACACGUCCUUCCACAGUGGGGACAUAGGUUUCUGGGUGGGAGUUGGUCAUGGUGAGGGUUUGCCAAAUGUAAGCAACAGCUUACAAAAGAGUAGAACUCUCACUUGGAGAACCAGGAUCUUUGCCUUGGCCUGAUUGAUGGGACCAUCUUGCAAGAAAUCCCAAAGUUCACCUGUGGCAAGGCUGAGUCUGGGCUAUGCUUGUUUGGCACUGAAAAUACCACCAUCUUCCAUCAAGAUGAAUACUGAUUAAGAAAAACUGGAUCCUGCAAUAUGUAUUGUGGACUCUUGUUUGCUUUUGCUUUAUUUAUUUCACUGAUACUUAUUUUGCUUGCAUGGAAGAAAGCGGUGCAGAUGUGGGGACGGGACUGCACCUUCAGCCAACCUUCUGACUUUGGAGACUUCACCAGGAAGAACCCUGUUUGAUGAUUGCUGUCACAAACAUAAGGACUAGAAACUUGCAGGGCAUUUUAAAAAUGAAAAUAAAAACAGAGAUCGCCAGGAAGCUGGAUUCUGUACCUAGUAUCACCUUUUACACUUUUCCUGCACGUGUGUAGAAUUCCACACCUUCUUAGUUUUCAGGACGAAUAGGGAAGAAAUUCAGUUCUCUGCAUUUUGCAGUGCAGUUCUCCAGCCAAGCAAGUUGUACGGAAAUGAAUAUGAUUAGGGUAAAGUGUGCAUGAAAAUGCAUAUAUUGGUGACAAUGCAUUUUGGCUUUGCAAAAUUGUGUAUAUUAGGCAAAAUUGUGUUUGAACAUGUAUGUUAGGGAGAAACUGUUGAUGAAUUUUCAUGAAGACUUUUUUUAAAAAAAUGCAAAUGGAUUUAGAAAUGUGGAGAACCAAAUUUAAUAUUGGAAAACUGAGAGAAACCAGAAUGGACAGAUAUGCCCAUCCUUAGUUUUCACAUAUCACAACCAUGACCAUUCAUUACUGUGGUUCUUCAACCGCUUGGCUUGGAUACAGUAAAAUCUCGGAAUGGACACCUUCCUGUUUUAAAGAUCUUGCAAGUGGGGUUGAUAGUGAGCAGAAAUCUACAGAUUCCUUCAGCUUCUUGACUGAUUAACUCGAUAUACCCACUAGAGGGCACUGUGUCCUUAUGGAAA